AAUUCAAAACCUAGCGCGGGAAAUCGAAACAAAUCUCUGAAGAGAAAACUCCUCUUUUUUAACAAAAUACCCCAAAAUCUAUCAGUUUUUGCAAAAGAGAAGGACAGGAAAGAAAGAAAAACCCCUAGAAAACCCCAACCUUUCUUCCAUCAAAACCCUAGAGAGAUGACCAGAGACGAUCUCCAGUUGAAAUCUGCCAAGAUCUCCUACAAAGAGGCAUCGUUCAACGGCAACCGUCAGGAGGAGGCGCGGUGGGCCAACGUCAUCGGAGACAUCCUCAAGCAGAGGGGCGAGUACAUCGAAGCCCUUCGCUGGCUCCGGAUCGACUACGAAAUCUCCAUCAAACACUUGCCGGAGAAGCACCUCCUUCCCACCUGCCAGUCCCUCGGUGAGGUCUACCUUCGUCUUCAACGAUUUGAAGAAGCUCUCAUCUAUCAGAAAAAGCAUUUAGAGCUUGCCAAGGAUGCAGAUGAUCUUGUUGAGCAGCAAAGGGCCUGCACACAGCUCGGUCGGACAUACCAUGAAAUCUGUUCUAGAUCAGAUAAUGACCAUUUUGCUGUACGGAAUGCCAAGAAGUAUUUCAAAACAGCUAUGGAGCUUGCUCGGACUCUCAAAGAGAACCCUUUGCCUCACAAAUCUUCACUCUUUGUUAAAGAAUUCAUCGACGCGCAUAAUAACUUGGGCAUGCUCGAAAUGGACUUGGACAAUCUGGAAGAAGCCCAAAAAUUCCUCCUCAAAGGCUUGAAAAUCUGCGAUGAAGAAGAGAUGAAUGAAGACGAUGAUGCUCGGAGCAGGCUCCAUCAUAACCUUGGAAGCCUUUACAUCGAACUGCGGGCAUGGGAUAAAGCUAAAGAGCACAUUGAGAGGGACAUCUUGAUCUGUAAGAGAAUUGGUCAUCCACAAGGAGAGGCAAAAGGGUACAUCAAUCUCGGGGAGUUGCAUUACCAGGUGCAGAAAUAUGAUGAAGCGAUUCUUUGCUAUCAAAAGGCGCUUGAUAUUGUGGGAUCCAUGGAAGAUGAAGAUGCCUUAGUUGAUCAGAUCAAUCAGAAUAUUGAAACCGUGCAAAAAGCGGCCGAGGUGUUGGAGGAAUUAAAGAAAGAAGAGCAAAAGCUCAAAAAGCUGGCAAGAACGACAGCUGUUGCUAGAGGUACUGGAGAUGAGAGAAGGUGCCUGUUGCAGCAGAAUACAUGCCUAGACUGUCUCAUUGAUAAGUCGAGCAUGAUUUUUGCAUGGACGAAACAUCGUGAAUUUGCAAAAAGGAAGAAGAGAGUGACAACUGAGCUUUGCGACAAGGAAAAGCUAGGUGAUUCAUUUCUUGCCAUUGGAGAGUCGUACCAAAAGCUCAGGAAAUUUGACAAAGCUCAUAAAUGGUACAUGAAAAGUUGGAAUGCAUACGAAUCCAUUGGGAACUUGGAGGGGCAAGCAUUAUCAAAGAUUAAUAUUGGGGACGUCUUGGAUUCUGCUGGUGAUUGGGCUGGUGCACUAGAGGCAUUUAAGGAGGGCCACAGAAUUGCAGCCCAAGGAAACUUACUUUCUGUACAGAUUUCUGCCCUUGAGAAUAUGCAUUAUAGCCACAUGAUAAGAUUUGAUAAUGUUGAGGAGGCCAGAAAGUUGCAGCAUGACAUUCAAAAUUUGAAACAUUUACUAAAUGGAGCCGAGGAGGGAAAUCAGCCCCAAGAGUGCUGUUCAGAAACAGAAACAGGUGUACUAUCUGACAAUGAGUCAGAUGAUUGUAGCUCUACAAAGAUUAAUGCUUCUCCUAGAAGGUCAAAUCCACUUCCCAUUGUUGAAGAAUUUACUGACGACCUUCCUUUGAUUUCACUUAUCCGCCAAAGUAAGAAUUCAUCAAAGAAAAAAAGAUCACCAUUUCAUGGGGACAAAAUCAGCAGUCCUUGCAAAGUAACUAAACCUUCCUCCAAAGAUAUUGAUGAUCCACAGCCUAUUGGUCGCAAACGUGUCCGUGUAGUCCUUUCUGAUGAUGAAAGUGAUAUCAAUGAUGAGAUGGAUCAUUCAAGCCGAAGGUUUCAAAAACGUCCCAAGGCUACUUCUAACAAAGUUAAGGAGAAGGAUGAACUGAGAGGUCUUGCUAGUGAAUUUCAGGAUGUCACGUAUGCCAAUGCCCCCAAAGAUGUACCUAUUCCUAGAGAUUGCACAUCCAUCCAUCCUGAAGAAAGUUCCUGCUCCUUCAAACCAGAGAGUCCUAAAUUCAGAACUGAAAACCUCAUGGAAUUCAAAUCUUUGAGUGCUGGUGGAAUUGCAAAUGCAUCCAAUUCUGUGGCAAGCAGAUCUAAAUCAGAUGGAGGCCAUGUUUCUGAUAAUCUGUUACAAAGUCAGAACGGUGCAGGCUACAAUAUGCAUACUUCCAAAGAUGAAUAUGGUGAUAAUGUCACGUUUAAAAUUGGUGAUGACUUGAUACAUAUGGAUGCAUGCUCUUGUGUCAGUGGUGAUAAAGUAAGCAUUGAGUAUCUGAAGGUUGAAGUGGCACGCCUAUACUAUCUACAGCUUUGUGAACUGAAGAGAUCAAAGGGUGUUUUGCCCAUCAUUCAGCAUCUAAAGUUUGAUGGGAAAGCUCUUGAAUCUGUGGAACCAAUCAAAGCUAUUUGUGGAAAAGGCUGGAUUGAGGUAGCUAUUGAUGGGUGGGUUCAAAAACGCUUGUUGAAGUUGUACAUUGAUAACUGUAAGAAAUUGUCUGAGGCACCCAAUAUGAAAUUACUGCUGAAACUAUACAACUUGGAGGUUUCAGAGGAUGAAGUCAUUGUAUCCGACUGUGAAUUACAAGAUAUGUCAAUAUCACCUUUCUUAAAUGCACUAGAGGAGCACGGGGCAUUUUCCGUAUUAGAUGUUUCUCAUAAUUUGUUAGGAAACAAAACAAUGGAGAAACUUCGACAAAUAUUUGCAUCAUCUAGCCAUAAAUACCGUGGCUUGACAUUGGAUUUGCAUUGCAAUCGAUUGGGGCCAGUUGCUUUAUCUCAGAUUUGUGAGUGCCCUGAACUUUUUGCUGGAUUGGAAGUGCUCAAUCUGUCCAGAAACCGCCUCACAGAUUCAUGUGGUUCUUACCUUUCAACGAUCUUGGAAAAUUGCAAAGCACUAUAUAGCUUGAACAUAGAGGAAUGUUCUAUCACUUCCAGAACAGUUCAGAAGAUCGCUGAUGCAUUGGAUGUUUGCUCUGUACUUACAGAACUUUGUUUAGGGAAAAACAACCCCAUCACUGGCAAUGCUAUCUGCAAUCUGUUGGCGAAAUUGGCUACUUUGAAGAGAUUUUCGGAGCUGAAUCUGAAUGGUGUGAAACUAAGCAAAACUACCAUUGAUAGCCUUUGUGAGCUUGCGAGAUCCACAAGUUUAUCAGGGUUGAUGCUUGGACAUACAAACAUUGGUGCUGAUGGCCUAGUGCGAUUAACGGAAGCAUUGUCCAGUGGGCCUCAUGAAUUAGAAAAGCUUGAUCUAUCAUGUUGUGGGCUGUCUUCUCAUGGUUUUACGAGGACAUGCGAGAACAUUGCCACAAUAGGCGGGAUUCUUGAAUUGAACCUUGGAGGAAAUUCCAUCGGCCCAGAGGGAUCUGAUGUAUUGGUGUCGUUCCUUAUGAAUCCGGAAUGUUGCCUGAAAGUUUUGGUCCUGAACAAAUGCCAUCUUGGGCUCGCUGGAAUGCUUCAGAUAGUUGGAGCCUUGGCAGAAAAUGAGUCGUUGGAAGAACUCAACCUUGCAGAAAAUGCUGACUUGGACAUAGCGGACAUGCUUCUACCAUAUGAUGCAACAGCACAUGAGGGCCCGGAAUCCUCACAACCAAACCAUUACACUAGCAACAUGUCUACGGUAAUACCUGCACCUGAUCAGAUUGAAACUGAGCCACAUGGCUUAUGUGUACUAAAUUCGGAAAUCAAUGGCGUGGAGGUCCCUGAUAGUGAAGAUGAAUCAACAAGGAAUGAGCCCACCUUAUCCAAUUCCAAUGACACUAGUGCAAGACUGUCUCGAAGGAACCGAGUUGUGGAAUGUAGGUCUAUUCAAGAGCUUUCGAAGGCCAUUGGUAUAGCCAAGCAGUUACAGUUGCUUGAUCUUAGUAGUAACGGUUUUCCAAAGGAAGCUGUGGAAAUGCUUUAUGCUUCAUGGUCGGCAAGUUCACGGUCCAAUGGAUCAAUUCGGCAUGUUGAGGAGAAGAUGGUCCAUUUUUCAGUAGAGGGGAAGAGGUGUUGUGGGGCUAAAAUCUGCUGUAAAAGAUAUUGAAAGU